AUGCCGGCCGUCAACUGCAACAUACAGGGCGGCGUGGUCGACAUCUUCCUCAAGCAGCGCCUCAUGCGUGGCACCAUGCACCCCGAUAUCUCCAACUUCACCGCUCUCACCGCCCUGUCAGUGCCCUCUCCGCCUUGUCGGGACAUGUCGAGCAACUUCCUGUCGGGCCGCCUGGACCCCUUCAUAACGCCCCUCACCGGCCUCACCGCGCUGAAAAACCUGGUGAUGAGUUACAUUGAGUUGAUUUUUGAGGCGCCUAAAAAAUCCCCUCCCUCCCCACCUCCUGUGUGCCGUGGUGCAGGAUUUCAUCUUUCCUUUGAUGCUGUGAGCGCCCUCAGCCUCUCCCCCGCAACCACCCUGUCCAAAUUCCCUGCACUCGCUCUCCCCUCUGCAUGCCCUCUGAGUGUGGGGUGGAACUACCAGACCUGGUCGGUGCCAGUGUUGGACACAGCUCUGCAGGUUUUUCAGCAAUCUCAAAAAUUGUGUGUGCAUGUGUGCGUGUGCGUGUGUGCAUGUGCGAGCAGGAGCGUGGGGUGGAACUACCUGACGGGGUCGGUGCCGGUGCUGGGAACAUCAACCCUGCAGGUGCUGGAUCUGGAGAACAACUGGUUCGUCGGCAAGUACCCCAGCACUGCCAACUGGUACUUCUGCACGGCGCGGGCCAACUGCUUCAACGACCCCACGCCCUGCAAGAACAACAACAACCAGGGCAUCACGCAGCGGCCCUCGUGUGCCAUCUGCAACAGCGCGGACGGCACGGCAUCGGCGCUGAUGAACAUCAAGACGGCGCUGGGAGUGACGUACACCAACUGGGCAUCCUCCUCCUCCUGCACUGCUGUCGGCAGCUCGGGCGGCGGCGGCUUCACUGGUGUUGAGUGUGACUCCCUCGGCAACCCCGUCAAGAUUACCCUGGACAGUCAGAAGCUGUCGGGCAUUCUGCAUGCUGACAUCACCAAGCUCACGGCACUCACCUUCAUGUGCCAAGGGGGAAAGGAGGUUGCAUACGGGGCAAAUGUGGCACUGCGUGCGUGCUGCAGCUCACUCAAGUCCAACCUCUUCAAGGCGCGCCUGGAUGAGUUCUCUAGCAGGAUUCCAUUUGAGUCGCUUCGCAUGCCGUGCCCCUCCUUUCUCUCCCUUCCCCCCCUGCCCCCUGUGUGGCACUGCGUCUCACUCAAGUCCAACCUCUUCAGGGCGCGCCUGUACGAGUUCUCUAUCAGGAUCCCCACACUGCCCAACCUCGCAGUGCUGUAA